AUGCAUAGAGCACACACCGCGGUGGCCUUCAGGCGCCUGCUCGAUGAUGACGAGGGCGGCUGCGAGUUCGAGGGCCUGGGGGAUUACAACAUGGGCAUCCACAUCGGCGCGGUGUUCAUUCUGCUGGCCGUCUCAGCCCUGGGCGCCUUUGGCCCCAUCCUCCUACGGGUGAUCCGCUCCAAGACCUUCCGCACAGCCCUCAAGAUCGGCACCUUCUUUGCCUUUGGCACGGUGCUGGCCACAGGCUUCAUCCACAUGCUGCAGCCCGCCAACGAGGCGCUGACCUCGGCCUGCCUGCCCGCCUCCUGGAACGAGUCGUACGAGGCGUACGCCUAUCUGUUUGCGGUGCUGGCCAUCCUGGCCAUGCAGGCCUUCGACUUUGCGGUGCAGCAGUACCAGUGCCGCAUGGGCGACCUCGCCGGCGGCGACCCCUGCUGCAACAUCGACCGCGCGCUGGAGCUGGGCCAGGGCGGCGCGGUGGGCGGCAUGGCCCUGGGCGGGACGGGCGGCGGUGCCGACAGCGCGGCGCGGCGCGCGCUUGAGCAGCCGCUGCGCAAGGACUCCCACUCGCACUCGGAGGAGGACGCGGAGGAGGACGCGGAGCGCACCAGCCUCAGCCGCGUGGCCAGCGUGUACCUCAUGGAGGCGGGCAUCGUCUUCCACUCCGUGGUCAUCGGCAUCACCCUCGGCGUCUCCACCGGCGCCCAGUUCAAGACGCUCAUGAUCGUGCUCUCCUUCCAUCAGUUUUUUGAGGGCUUUGCCAUCGGCUUCACCGCCGUGGACGCGCGGCUCAACGGGCUCAAGCUCUUCGUGGUAGGGCUCAUCUACUCCCUCACCACCCCCAUCGGCGUGGCCAUUGGCAUCGGCAUCCGCCAGACCUACAAUGGCAACGACGCCACCACGCUCCUGGUCCAGGGCAUCUUCGACGCCGUCUCCGCCGGCAUCCUCAUCUACGUGGCCCUGGUGCAGCUCAUCACCCCCCAGUUCACGCACAACAAGUGGCUGACGCAGCAAUCCCUGCCGGUCAAGCUGCUCAGCUUCGCGGCCCUCUACGGCGGCUUCGCGGUGAUGGCCGUGAUCGGGAAGUGGGCGUGA